UCCCCUCGCCCUCCCCUCCUCUCCCCCGCUAUCCUCUUUCCAUCUCUUUUCCAUUAUGAGUUUCUGUCUCUCUCUUUAUUUAUCCCCUUCUGUCCUCUGUCUUUUCUUUACCAUCGCCUCUCAGCCUAUGACCCUCUCUGACAAUCGCUAUCCGGUAGAACCUGGCCCCCCUCUUCCACUUACUCUGUGUCUCUGAACGUCCCCAGUCUGUCUCGCCCUGGCCCGCCCACGCCCAGGACCCCAGGUUGGUGGGGAUGGCGGCGGAGUUUUUGGCGGGAGGGGCGGGGCGGGUCCCCUGGCGGGAGGACCGUGUGGCCUGGCCCCUCCGCCCCGCGCCGCCCCCGCCCGGCACUGGGCAUGCCCCGGGCGCUUCUAUAUAAAGCGGCACCGCCUCGCCCGGGCGCAGUGCCGCCGCCGCCGCCGAGUCCCGCCGGGUGCGCACCGCCCGCCGAGCCCCGCAGAGCCCCGCCGAGCCGCCGCCGCCCGCCAGUCUCUUCCACCCGUGUCUCCACCUGUAAGAUGCUCUCCCUGGAUCCGCUGGGUCCUGAGCGGGACUGCCCCCUGGGCUCCAAGGACCUGGAGGAAGAGGAAGGCCCAUGGGGCGGGGGCUCUGGCCUGCCGCCCCCAGGCUGCUUCCCUGGUUCCUGGCACCACGACGUGGGCCUGGACUGCAAGGGCUCCCCUGAGGGGGCGGAGGCUCGGGCCUGGACUGUCUACUACUACAGCCUCCUGCAGAGCUGUCUGCAGCAAGCUGGCCUUCCGGAGACCCACGACCGCAGCCACGUGCCCCGCACAGGCUGCCCUGGAGCAGAGGUGACCUUGUGCAUUCUGGGAUCCCCCAGCACCUUUCUGUCCGUGCUACUGGAGGGUGGGGUCCAGAGCCCGGGUGAGUGUGUGCCCAAGUUCCCCCACCCCCUCCUACAGAAAGGGCAGCCCUGCCCUGGCCCGGCCACAUCCCAAAAUACCCGCCGACCCUGGCAACUGCCUGCAUUCCACCGGGCCAGCUGCCCUGCUCCGAGUGGGGGCGGGUUCUGGGAGCAGCUGCCCCCGACUACCCAGGGGCCCAGGCUGGAGGUGGAGGGCACGGGGGUAUUAAGCCUUCCCUGGCCAGUCACCCUCCUCCCUCUGCCCACAGGAAACAUGCUCCUUUGCCUGUCCCCUGCCUGGCUGACAAAGGUGCCAGCACCAGGGCAGCCGGGUGAGGCAGCCCUGCUGGUCUCCAAGGCUGUGAGCUUCCACCCGGGGGGCCUGACAUUCCUGGAUGACUUUAUCCCCCCUCGCCGUGCCACCUACUUCCUGGCGGGCCUGGGGCUGGGGCCUGGCCGGGGUCGAGAGGCAGCUGAGCUCGCCCGCGACCUGACCUGCCCCACAGGAGCCUCCGCGGAGCUGGCCCGGCUGCUGGAGGAUCGGCUGCUGACAAGGCGGCUGCUGGCUCAGCAGGGUGAUGUGGCCGUGCCAGCCACCCUGGCUUUCACCUACAAGCCACCGGCACUGCUGCGGGGAGGGGACGCCAGCCCAGGACUGCGGCUGGUGGAGCUGAAUGGCAAAGAGGGCCAGGAGACUCUGGUGAAGGAGGAAGUCGGGGCCUUUCUGCACUCCGAGGCCCUGGGUGAUGCCCUGCAGGUAGCUGUGAAGCUCAGCGGCUGGCGCUGGCGGGGCCGGCAGGCAUUGCGUCUGUAUCCACGAGCUGAACUGGGCCCAGUGGUGGACACAGUGCUCGCACUGCUGGAGAAACUGGAGGAGGAGGAGAGUGUCCUGGUGGAGGCUGUAUGCCCACCUGCCCGGCUCCCCUUCCCAGGCAGCCCCCCGCCUGGCCCUGAGCUGGCUCUGCGUAUCUGUGCUGUGGUGUGUCGGACACAGAAUGACAGGCCUCUGUUGAGCAAGGUGGUGUGCAGCGUGGGCCGUGGAGACCGGCCUCUGCGGCACCAGAGCUCCCUGCCCCGGUCGCUGGAGGCGGCGCUGGCCCAUUGCGGCCUGGGUGAAGCCUCGCAGGCGGCCGUCGUGCGACAGCGCGUCAAGGCGGCGGCCGAGGCCGCGCUGGCCGCCGUGCUGGCCCUGGAGGCCGGCCUGAGCGCCGAGCAGCGCGGCGGGCGCCAGGUCCGCACUGACUUCCUCGGGGUGGACUUCGCCCUGACGGCGGCCGGCCGCGCGCUGACCCCCGUGGCCCUGGAGCUGAACGGAGGCCUGUGCCUGGAGGCGUGCGGCGCGCUCGAGGGGCUGUGGGCCGCGCCGCGCGCGGGGCUGGCGGCCGAGGAGGCGGCGGGCGCGCCGCUGGUGGAGACGAUGCUGCGGCGCUCGGCGCGCAGCCUCAUGGAAGGCAAACAGCUGCUGCUGCUCGGCGCGGGCGGCUUCAGCAAGAAAUUCGUGUGGGAAGCUGCGCGCGACUACGGGAUCAAGGUGCACCUGGUGGAGUCGGACCCCAACCACUUUGCAUCCCAGUUGGUGCACUCCUUCAUCCACUUCGAUCUCACAGACCACCGGAAGGAUGAGGAGCACGCGCGGGUGCUGGUGGAGCUGGUGCGGACCCGCAGCCUGCAGCUAGAUGGCUGCUUUUCCUACUGGGAUGACUGCCUGGUGCUCACAGCCAUGAUCUGCCAGGAGCUGGGUCUGCCCACCAACCCGCCAGCCGCCAUGCACCUGGCCAAGCAGAAAAGCCGCACCCAGAUGCACCUGUUGUGCCGCCGUGGCCCAGCCUGGCCUGCGCCCUCCCUCUAUGCUGUGCCCUGCUGUCCACUGGAGAGCGAGGCCGACGUGGACAGGGCUCUCCGCCAGGUGCCCCUGCCAGGCGUCAUGAAGCUGGAGUUUGGGGCAGGCGCAGUGGGUGUGCGGCUGGUGGAGGAUGCGUUGCAGUGCCAUGAGCACUUCGCCCGGAUUACCCGAGACCUGCAGGGUGAGGCUGACCACCCCGGCAUCGGGCUGGGCUGGGGCAAUGCCAUGCUAUUGAUGGAGUUCGUCGAGGGCACCGAACACGACGUGGAUCUGGUGUUGUUUGGGGGGCGGCUGUUGGCCGCCUUCGUCUCUGACAACGGUCCCACACGGCUGCCUGGCUUCACGGAGACGGCAGCCUGCAUGCCCACAGGGCUGGCACCGGAGCAGGAGGCGCAGCUGGUGCAGGCAGCCUUCCGCUGUUGCCUGGGCUGUGGGUUGCUGGAUGGCGUCUUCAAUGUGGAGCUCAAGCUGACCGGGGCUGGGCCGCGGCUCAUCGAGAUCAACCCCCGCAUGGGUGGCUUCUACCUGCGAGACUGGAUCAUGGAACUUUAUGGUGUGGACCUGCUGCUGGCUGCUGCUAUGGUGGCCUGUGGCCUGCGGCCUGCCCUGCCCGCCCACCCGCGCGCCCGUGGCCACCUGGUGGGUGUCAUGUGCGUGGUGUCCCAGCACCUGCAGGCACUGAGUUCCACUGCCAGCCGUGAGACCCUGCAGGCUCUUCACGACCAGGGCGUGCUGCGCCUCAAUCUGCUGGAGGACGCCCUGGUGCCUGGAGAAUACGAGGAGCCCUACUGCAGUGUGGCCUGUGCUGGGCCCAGCCCGGCUGAGGCCCGUCUCCGCCUGCUGGGCCUCUGCCAGGGCCUGGGCAUCGACGGGCCCCACUACCCUGUUGCCUACUUCUUGUCCCACUUCAAGUAG